CUUUGUCUUCAGACAAUGGCACGUUACAGAUACUUCAUAUUUAAUCAGCGUGGUAUGGUUAUCCUGGGAUUUCUGCAGAUAGCUUGUGCUGCAGUGUGUGUAAUAUCUGGCUUUAUGGAUACAAUUUUUAGGAAAAAUUCAGUACUCAGUAGAACUAGAAUACCCAUCUGGACUGGCACGGCAAUGGCCUUUCCGGGAGUUCUGGCAUUAUUUGCUUCUCAGAAAAAGAAUCCUAUUCUUGUGAGCAGUAUGAUUGCAUCAACUGUAUUUUCCUGGAUUGCUACAGCUAUUUUGAUAAUAUAUGCAGCUUUGACAUUGAUCUAUGGUGAGGAUGAUGAUGAAGUGUUCCAACAUAAACCCAGCCAUGUCAUUCACAUGGAGUAUAUACUUACGAAAUUUGUCCAAGGAGCAAAUAUGGCCAUAUUAAUUGCAUCUGUGAUUGGUAUGAUGGUGGCAACCAUCAUAGCAUAUCUUGGUUGUCGAAGCCUUCCCAUUUGUGGCUGCUAUGACAGUACCACUGGAAUGCAGUCAUUGAUGACAGAGGACCAGCAGCCUCAGACAAUUGAAUUGGUUUGUACCUGGCAUGGUGGCAGUGAUCAGCGAAUUCUAAAUGAUCCAAUGGGACACAACGACUGGGAUAUAGGCACAGAUGAGGCAGAGUUUACAUCAAAACCAGCACCUUAUAUCCGACUUGCUUAAAAUAGACUUUUAAUUGCUGACAUGUUUAAUUGCUGUGUUUACCAGCAAGUGAAGAAAAUGUUACCUUUUAUUGGACUGUGUUGACAUUAAUUUUAUAUCUUUUGAGGAAAAUGUCUUAAACUGUGACGAUUACUAUGUCCUCCUCACCUAUAAAAAAUGGAGCAUUGGAAUUUCACUCAUUUUAGUUGUGGUUAUAAAACACGAGGCAGUAGAGAGAAUGGUCCACUGAAUAACAUUUUAUGCCAUUUUGGAUCUGUUGUAGAUGAAUGUUAUUGCUGUGAAUGGAAGGGUAUGUAACUGCAGUACUGUAAUGAGUAAUCUGAGACUGAGUAACUCAAAGUCUCCAGUAAUUCUCUGGUGAAUUUGUUUCAAGUUGGAGUUCCGUCAAUUUUUAAUUUUAAUGAAGUAUUGGAGAAGUGACACUUUUUAAUAUUGUGCUUUGUUCCUCCAAAUUGUGUGGUCAGCAAAAGCUAUAGCGAUCAGUUUUUUAAAAAAAAACCUGCCACCCAACGUCAAAAAUAGCUUUGUGAUCCAAUUUCCUCCCUCUUUUUUACAAUUUUACUUUCCUUUUGCCCUUGAUCUCUAUCUCCCUUCACUGCCACCUUUCCAUACUGAAUUCCAGAACACAGCAAUGCUUAUCAGGGUAGAUGCUGCACUAUAGCACCUGACCAAAUGGUCCCCGUUAUAUGAUCCAGGACAGUGUUAGAAUUGUUCAACAGCCAAUGGCAACACAGCUUUUCACUCUCAUUGGCACUGCAAGCACACAUCCAGCAGCAUCACUGCAGAAACCUGCCAUAUCUCCUAAACAAAUGGUGCCAAGGAAAAUUAUUGUGAUACUGACACUGCUCUAGCUGGUCCAGACCAGGUUGUUGGGCAGCUUUUGGCAUGGAUGGCUUUUUGAUGCGAGACAGGUGUGCCACUUCUAUUGAAAAUUUGCCUCAAUCUAAUGAGUUGAUGUUCAGGACUGCAUUUUUAAAAUAACUUCAUAUUGGCUAUGCAGUAUUUGUCUUUCAUUUUUGAAGUCUUUCAGUGCAGAGAACCUACUCCCCUGCUGACAGAGCCUAAGAUCUGCUUUGACUUCUACUUUUUAGAAUAACAAUGAAUGAGGUGCGUAAUAGUUAGUCAAGGGAACUCCCUCCAGCAACUUGUCUCUUGCUGUCCUAUUGAAAUUGGAACCAGUGUUCCCUCUCUUCACAUUAUGGAAGAAAUUGCAGAAAUAAAUCCACAUGCUGACCUCUUCACAGUAUUGCACUGCACUAGAAUUGUGUAGCAUGCUAUCCCUGGAUAAAGAUAGUGCUGUGCAUUGGUUAACCAUCUUAUAAAGAAGACAAAUCAAAGGAGUGACCAGUCCUGAAGUAAUUCAUUAGUAAUUCAUUCAGACUGGCUUUUAGAACUAAUAUUUAAAUUGCAUGAUAUGUGCAAGUUUACAAUAUUAAGUUUCCUGAUAUUUUUAUAAGGGUGCUAAUGUUUGUAUUCAUUGUUUUAUCUUGGAAAUGUAUUUAAAAUAAAAUAUGCAAGAAAUUUA